AUGAGUGCUUCUCUCGACUCCCCCGACCCCCCCAUCGCCAGCGCGUCCGCCUCCUUUUGUGCCUCCUCCGAGCAGUCGCCUCGCGGCUCUCCCGGCCCCAGCGUCGCCAGCCCCGUCCAGUUCAUAAAGGACUACAUAGACCACUCGCUCAACACCCCCCCUGGCCUCCCCAUCGGCGCCAUCGUCCAGCACUACAAGCGCCAGCGCCUGGUCGAGGAAAUACUGGAGUCCGAAACCGAGUAUCUCCACGCGCUCGCGCUGCUGCAACACGGGUUUCUGGACGUGCUCGCCACCAACGACUACGUGCCCAUGCGCAUGCUCAGCAGCGUCGUUGCGCGGAUCCGCGCGCGCCACGCCGCCUUCGCGGCGCAGCUCGCCCAGUUGGUCAACCGCCGCGUCAGGCGCUUCGACGACUCCGACGACUCCGCCGACUCCCGCUGGCAAGACCCCGCGCUGCGCUCCUGGGACCAGCUGGAGCUUUGCCACCAGCUCGCCCAGUUGCUUGCCCUCGCCCCGCUCCCCAUCCAGCACUACCGCAAUUACCUGCUGUUGUACCGCCAGAUCAGCGACAUGCUCUCGAACAUGGCGUCCGCGGGCCACGACGCGUUGCUAUUUGCCAUCCUGCUCAAAAUCGAGUUGUGUCUCCCCCGAUAUUGCUCCUCUACUUUGCCCCACGAUUACAAGCGCGAUUUCUCGUUCCGCGCCAUGAUCCAGCGGCCUCUCAACAGACUCGCCAAGUACCGACUCUUCCUCGAGUCCCUCGUGACGCUCACAGAACGGCCUUCCCCAACCGAUCUCGAGCGGCUGGGAGAAACCAAAUGCCUGGUGCUCGCCAGGGAAAUCAAGACUUCGUCCGCACGGCUCCAUAGCACUCUCUUGCUGAUCGACGACUCGAGCUCCGAGCCUCAGCACGACCCUUUGCUCGUGCGCUUACAGACGCGUCUCCAGUUCCCCUGUCCGGAAGAACACAUCCCCAUUGAAGCUAUGGGCCAUUGCUAUUUGAGAGGUUGCUUGACCGUCGUAUGGCCCGUAGCCGGAUAUUUCACGUUAUCGACCACUUCUCACAGGCAUUCUCGGUACUUUAAUAACUUCUCACGUCACAAGAGAGCGCCCCACUUGCAUCACAAACAGUUGGGCGCAUUUCUCUUCAAAUCCUAUCUCGUAUUGGCGACCAUAUUGCCUUCCAAGAAUCUUGGUAUUCAGCCUAUUUGGCACAUCAAAUUUGCCCUGCGACUGGCAACUUGUAAGCUCGUGACUCCGCCCUCGCUGUCGAGUCAUUCCGGGUUGCAAACGCCCCAUGAGUUCGCACUAAAGAUGCAAUUUGAAUGCGAUUUCAAAAUUUGGGAAGUACUACUGGUGUGUCAUAACGAGCAGGAAUUUAAAAUUUGGAAGACACAACUGGAACUUUUCGUAGACGUUAUAAAUGGACCUCACCAAUUCAGUGAGCCUGAUUUCGAUGCCCAGUCCACACUGGAUACACUUCAUUUUAGUGACUCCACUACUUUCCCCAAACAAAUGGUUCCCUGGCAAGCAUACGAUGAAAGGCUAUCUGAGAAAAUCCAACGCUCAUCUUCCAUUUACCGAAAAGGCAAAAACCCUACUGACGCCUGCUAUACGAACCAAGACGUUGUUGUUGAAAUAGCUCAUAGGAAAUUAUGCGAUGAUUCAGCCCUGGGCACUUGGCUUGCGAAGGGGAGUCAAUUCGAUACUAUUACAAGAAGUAAUUCGUCCUUGACACUAGCAAGAACGCCCCAAAGAACGCCUCAAAGACCGCCAUCUCAUGAUCACACAAGAGCUUUGCUAAUCCCCUCCGAAAACACCAACCAAGUGUCCUUCUAUGUCGAGCUAGCUCAUAAUGAAAGGCGACAGAUCGAAAGAUACAUGCAUGACGUGUGGAGCUCGGCGAUCCCCACUACCAUCUCAGAUAUGCCUCCAACUGUACCUGAAACAACUACUAUAAUUUACGAACCAUUUUCUCACACUGACAGUCUCAAAUCAAAUGCUCGUUCCAAAACAUUCCCUGGAACGGAUUCGAGUAAUCGCACCGCCUCAACACUUCGCACUACUAGAUGGUCUCUAAGGCGUGUAUUCUCACGUAGGUCAAGGCAUCCACCGUUUGAAGACUCAGAGACUGGCUCUUUAGCCCAACGAAGUUGA